CAUUUCACACUUUAUUUCAAGUGAUGGGGAAGAAUACUGUCUCGAUUAUUUGUGCUUGUUUUCUUCUCUUGGAAACCGUUCUUGGAGGGUGCCCGUCUGCAUGUCGGUGUACAUUUGGGGAUACAGUUGUACAAUGUUCGGGAGGAUUAUCAUCGAUUCCCAGGGGAAUUCCGACCACCGUGAAGGUCUUACAUCUGUCUGGAACAGCCACACAGACAAAUUCUAUCACUGGCCUUACAAAGAAUGAUUUAGCGGGCUACUCCUUAUUACAACGCCUGUAUUUGUCGUUUUGUGGGAUUGAGUCAAUCGAAGAUGGUGCUUUUGAAAGUCUCUCGAAUUUAAGAACUUUGGAUCUAUCUUAUAACCAACUAAAGUCAGUAAGUGCACAUACAUUUCGAGGAAUAUCGAAAUUAACAAAACUUGAAUUAACAGGAAAUGAAAAUUGCAUCAUCGAAGAAAAUGCCUUUCAUAGUUUUCCGAGUCUUCUUGAGCUAUUUCUUGGACAAAUGAAAUUGAUCGACGUUCAGCCAUACUUAUUUUAUUAUUCUCAAAAACUGGUUCAUUUAGAUUUACAUGGAAACGAACUUGUAGAACUAGAGUCGGAUAUUUUCAAGAAUCUUGCGUCUUUAGGCAGCUUAGAUUUGACAGGAAACCGUUUGAUUGCCCUUCCAUCCUUUACUUAUCAGCAGAUGGUGCACUUAAAAAGUCUCUAUAUGGGUGGAAACGCAUGGCAUUGCAACUGCGAAAUGAAUGCCCUGAAAAAAUGGACGAAUUUAAAAGAACCAGUAAUUUGCAACGCGCCCAAAAAGUUAGAAAACCGGAAUUUGAUGAUUAUUCCAGACAGUGAAAUGCCCUGCAUCCCUCCUUACAAUGCCACGUGUGACAAGAAAACUGUUACUGUGAAUGAAACAAACCCCAUUCGCGUUAACUGUCGCUUUUAUGGCGGAGAUCCGCGCCCAUACCCAAUGUGGACCAAACCGAACGGAGAAGAAUUGCUUGUUAAGAACUCAACGAAUUCUUCUCACGUAGUACUUCCGGACGGAACUCUCAUAAUUCCUGCUUCUGUGGAAAGUGAUACAGGAGACUGGAUUUUAACGAUAUCAAACACGCACGGUAACGACAUCAAAGUGGUUGUUCAUAUUGAAGUGAAAAUUGUAACCACAACCACCACGACUACUACCACCACCACGACUACUACUACCACUCCAACUACCACCACUACAACUUCUACUACCACCACCACUACUCCUACUACUACCACCACCACCACUCCUACCACCACCACAACACAACCACCAACGACGACAACCACUUUGAAAACAACUACCACUGCAACAAAUCCAACCACAACCGAUAAUUCACCGACGACAAAUACUGGCGACUCUCAAGGAAACUUACAGAGAAUAGGUAUAAUUCUAACUAUAGUCGGAGGCAGCUCGCUGCUGAUAACGUCCAUCUGUAUUGCAAUUAUGUACUUUGCAUUUUGUAAGCACACUCCGGUACAAGCCUACUCCGGUCCGAUCAAGAAUAACAAAGUGGGACGGAAACCAAGUUAUGACUUCCGGAGAGCAGAACGAAAUAACAAUGCCUUUACCAUUAUCGAAACUCUCUCAGAACUAUGA